AUGGACGGGCGGGGUGGCGUUGCUUAUUAUAACCCGACUGCCGGAGGUGGAUCGAUGCUCAUAGAUGCUGGCGACGGAUACGGCGAACCUAUGAAUGUGAUUAUCUCUGGACUUAGCUCUCCCCAUGUCCUCACACUUCACGGAGCUAUCGAUUUUGCCCGUGCUAUUGGAUUUUCUAAAGAAUGUUUUGGCCUUCACUUAGGUGGUUAUAUGUCCGCCGACUUGGGGGAUGGAAACGGAUGGGUCAAUCAGACUAUUGAACUUCGCCAGGACUAUGCUAUAGGCGGAACAUGUCUCGAGAGCCUCAUCGGAGGAAACCAUUUUCGUAUUUUUGUACAGAACGGCACUGUGGCGGACAGUGGCGCUCUCUUUCUAGCCGUGUCUCGAGAGGAGCCCAUAACAGAGAAUCAUGAUGUCGUGCCAGAUGGGUACGAUAUUGGCCGCUGGUGUCAGCAGCGGUUGGCAAAACAUGGUUUAAUGGGGUCAAAUAUCAUACCACUGCCAAAAAACGUCACUGGUCUCCUCGCACCUGGCGCUGAUGGUAUUAACCAUGAUAUCGCUCAAGAUGGUAUUGUUACGUUAUUGACCGUUACGAUCGUUUGA